AUGGAACAAUCGCUAGAAGAAGAUCGACGUAGGGAGGAGGAGGAAGCCGCGGAGCGUCAAAAGCAAACUCGGAAAUACAUCCAUCGUGACCGGGAGCAAGCCGCUGCAAGGUUGGUACGCGAUUACUUCUCGAGGGACCCGGUAUGGGGAGAUACCUACUUCCGUCGCCGUUUCCGCAUGCGGCGGGAGCUAUUUCUGCAUAUCGCAAAUACAUUGGCGGCCCGGGAAGAGUACUUCAAAGAAGGGUUCGACGCUAUUGGUCGUCCCAGUCACACGACACUCCAGAAAUGUACUGCAGCAAUCCGUCAGCUUGCUACUGGACAAACGGCGGAUUUGUUCGACGAGUACCUGCACAUCGGAGAAACCACUGGGGGACUUUGUUUGAUGAACUUCUGCAAAGGUGUCCGGACAGCCUUCACCGACGAAUUUUUGAAGAAGCCAAACUCCGCAGAUUGUCAAUUUCUGCUCCAACUUCACGAACAAGCGCAUAGAUUUCCCGGGAUGCUUGGCAGCAUCGAUUGCAUGCAUUGGCAAUGGAAGAAUUGCCUUCGUGCGUAUUUCGGGGUCCCCGGUUCGAACAACGACGUCAACGUGCUCAACCAAUCCGACCUCUUCAGCGAAGUUCUAAAUGGUAAAGCGUCAGCCAUCAACUUCAUCGCUAACAAUCGCCAGUAUAAAAUGGGGUACUAUCUUGCCCACGACAUCUAUCCGAAGUGGCCAACCUUCGUGAAGACGUUCAACAGGCCUACUGAAGCACUUUCAUUGCGGCUGCCCGAGACGUCGCGGGCGACGCUGGCCGGCCGCACACGUCCCCACAAUUCCGUGAAUUAA